AUGGAGGUACAUAUACAGCUUGUCGCGUUAGUGGCGUGCUUGGCGGCGGGCUCUGGCGACGCAGCCCGCAUCCUGGCGUUGUUUCACUACCCUGGCGGCAGCCACUUCAACACGCUGGGCCGGCUGGUGCGCGAGUUGGCCGCAAGGGGCCACCACCUGACCGUCGUGAGUCACGUCCCACUCGACAGCCCUCCGGCGAACUACACCGACGUCAGCAUCAGGGGCUCCGCACCACUCGUCACGGACACGUUCAGUGUCAAGAGGCUUUUAUACACAGCCAAGAAAGACCUUGGCCUUCUCGAUCUGGGCAUCACAAGAGAAAUUGCUUCAUACUUAUUCAACAUUGAUUUCAAAAACUGCAAAGUGGCAUAUGAACAUCCUGCCGUCGAAGACCUCAUAAGAAGCAUAAGGAGCGGCGAGAAGCAGUUCGACUUGGUGAUCGUGCACGCUUUAACGAUCGACUGCUUCGACCCUUUCGCACACCUGCUCGGUGGAGUGCCGCUGGUUGCCGUUUCGACCAACAUGAUGACGCCCUGGUGCAGCGACAGGGUCGCCAACCCUCACAACCCCGCCUACGUCGGCACUUACUUCCUCCCAUACGAGACCGCCAACAUGGGUUUCUAUGAGCGCUUUCUCAACACCGUCUAUCAUCUCUUUGUUAAAUUUGUAUCAAGUGUGGUGGGCAGGUACUGUAGGCCUUCAGCCUCCUCUUACUGGCCAAGUACCUGUGCUGACAAAACUGUCCGCGACCUGUAUGAAGAUCAGUUUCUGAUUAGACAAAGUAGUGGCAACAAGGUGCGCCACCGCGCCCUCUACGAGGACACAGAGGAACUACACCGCCGCCACCUGGGCACGCAGCUGCCGCCGCUGUGGCAGUCGCUGUCGGCCACGAGCCUCGUGCUCCUCAACACGCACUGGACCAUCGGCGGCGCAGUACCGCUGCUGCCCAACGUCGUCGAGGUCGGCGGACUCCACAUCGAGCAGCCGCAGCCCCUGCCGCAGGAGCUGGAGCAGUUCCUGUCUGGGUCUGCCCAUGGAGCGGUGUACGUGUCGUUCGGCAGCCUGAUCGCCUUCCACACGCUGCCGCUGGACAAGAUGCGCGCCGUCCUGGAGGCGCUGUCCAGCCUGGAGCAGCGUGUGGUGCUGCGCUGCGACGCCUCCCAGCUACCGGCCGGUGUGCGGUUGCCUGGCAACGUGUGGGCCAGCAGGUGGCUGCCGCAGACCGCCAUACUGGCCCACGUCAGCGUGCACGCCUUCGUCACCCACGGCGGCAUGCACAGCGUGCUGGAGGCCAUCCACUUUGGGGUCCCGCUCCUGGGCUUCCCGCUUUUCGGCGACCAGAAGCUCACCAUGAACCGCUUGCAGACACUGGGUGUCGCAAUUCAGCAGGACUACCUCCACCUGACAGCACAGUCGUUUCGGGUCGCACUGCGGUCCCUCGUCAACGACACCAGGUACCGCGAGCGCGCCAAGCAGUUGUCGCAGCUGUUCUGGGACCGUCCCCGGCCGCCGCUGGAGGAGGCGGUCUACUGGGUGGAGUACGUCAUCAGGCACCGGGGGGCGCCGCACCUGAGGUCCGCCGCGCUGGACCUGUCCUGGUACCAGUACCUGCUGCUAGACGUCGCUGCCUUCGUGGGACUUGGUGCAGUCUUAGCGGGCACGUUGCUCUGUGUGUGUCUCAAGUCAAUAUACACGGAUGUGUGGUCGACAGUAGAUAACCUGAAACGAGCGUGA